AUGGCCCCCAAUGCACCGUCGAAAACGGCUAUCCGACAUGGCUCCUGUCUCUGUGGAGCAGUUCGUUAUCAAGUGACGGGGGAGCCGCUGACAUUUUUCGUCUGUCAUUGCAAGAACUGCAAGAAAGCGACUGGUUCUGCCUUCAUGACAAAUACAUUUUUUCUCGAAAAGAACGUCCGGGUCAUCGAAGGGAAGGAUCAGCUAAGCUGCUUCCGAGACACCAAUACAGAGAGCGGCGUUGCGCUCAGACGGUAUUUCUGUUCCAAAUGCGGAUCGAACGUACUCCUGUCGUCCGAACAAAAGGAUAACAACUUGACCAUCGUCACUUUCGGGACGAUUGAUGACAAGGUGGAUUGGUCUCCGCGGAAAGAACGAUUUCCAGAACACAUGCUGCCGUUCGUGAAGGGUAUAAAUCUCAACCCAAAGGGCCUGGCGCGCCCGAAGCUCUAG